AUGAAGCAAAGGAUAAGAGAACUCCAGCUAAAGGUAGAAGAGCUUCAGCAACAACUCGAGGAGCUCGAUGAGAAAUGGCAGAAUGCUGACGUUGACGCCUCUGUAAAGGAGAUCAUAGACACCAAACUAAAAGAGGCUCUAGACAAACACAGGCAUUCCAUUGCCAGAGCUAACCUGGUUAGAUUAAACGGUGGCAACGUCAAGUAUUCGCGUCCUAAAGACUCGUACAUCAACUUAACCAGCAAGACUCUUACCACAGACCAACAUGAAGUACUUAAUAUGGGUCUCAACUGCCACGUACUGUCAAGACCAAGCAAAUUCCAGAAACGAGUCGAAUCUGAAGUACUCAUAGACAACGUAGAGAAAUUACAAAAAAGCGGCCAGGUGAUUGUAAGCCCAACUUUCAAGCAAGAAGUGAUCACGGAGUCGACAAAAUCAAGAGGCCACUACAACAGUAACAUACUCGAGAAAAGACACAUCGAUGCGGCGAAAGAACUUCGAUCUGAUCCUGCCAUUACCAUCAGAAGAGCAGAUAAGGCUGCUGCAUACGUUCUCAUCGACACCAAGGAAUACUUAAGCAAGAUUGACAACAUCCUCAGCGACACAACCAAGUUUAAGAAAAUCACAAGAAAUCCGACGGAAGCCCUCAAGAAAAGACUCAACAAACUAAUAGCGAAAAAUAACUCCACCUGCGACGUCAAGUUCGACCGACUCACCGGCGAAUAUGAGAUGGGAUACUGCUAUGGCAAUGUCAAGACUCACAAGCCAGGCAACAAAUUGAGACCAAUAAUAUCUCAAAUCCCAACCCCUACCUACAACAUCGCAAAGAGAUUGUGCGCCCUCCUUACACCGUACAUCCCAACCACCUAUUGCCUGCAGUCAGCAACAGACUUCAUCGACAUCCUCAAGAACAACAACGUGGGAGGAAGAGUUGCUUCACUAGACGCCGAAUCCCUCUUUACGAAUGUCCCCGUGGACCGCACCAUCAACUACAUCAUCGACCGUGUGUAUAAUAACAGCUCUACACCUACCCUCGCCAUCCCAGAAGCUGUACUUCGAGAGCUACUGGAAUGCUGUACAAAGGAAGCACCGUUCAUCUGCCCCCGGGGAAACAAAUACUGCCAGGUAGAUGGCGUAGCCAUGGGUUCUCCUCUUGGUGUACUCUUGGCAAAUUUUUUCAUGGGCUGCAUCGAGGAGGAAGUUUUCAAGAUAAUAGAAAAGCCAGAUGUAUACUGCCGGUAUAUUGACGAUAUAUUCAUCAAGACAAAGGAUGCCACCGAAGCAGAACGCCUUAGACUCCACCUCCAAGAAACCUCCGGACUGAAAUUCACCAUGGAAAACAGCGAAGACGGAGCCAUGCCUUUUCUAGACGUCCUCGUCCAACAAGAAGACGGAAGAUUUACCACCAGCGUCUACACCAAACCAACGAACCCAGGAUUUUGCUUAAACGGACGAAGUGAGUGCCCCACGAAGUACAAGGAUUCCACCAUCUGCGCCUAUAUCAGAAGAGCGCUCACACUGCAGUACGUGGAAGCAAGUCCAUCAAGAAAUAGAGCGCUCAACUCAAGAGCACCCAAGAAACACCUGAAGGAGCAGCAUAGAAUCAACAUCACAAGAGAAAUGCUGGAACAACACGGAGAUCCUGACAACAUGUCCUGA